AGUAAUAAUAGAAAUGGACUUACUUCAUUUGGAUAAAUUGAUUGAGGAACAAAAAAAAGUUUUGGAACAAAAUGAAAAUGCAAGAAAACACAGGAUGGGUUUACGAGAUGACUAUUGCAAGUUGAAGGAUAAACUGAAUACACUUGCUGAUCAAACAUCACAUAAUUUUAUGGUUCCGAUUGGUUCUGUUGGUUUUUUCCCUGGUAAAUUAUUACACACUAAUGAAAUCAUGGUUUUAUUAGGGGACAAUUGGUUUGUUGAAAGAUCGACUAAGCAAGCACAAGAAAUUGUCAAUAGAAGAAUAAAAUUGAUUGAUGGUCAAUUAGGUGAUUUAAAAAAAGAACAUGAUAACAUAAAAUCACAAAAUGAAUUUACUGGUUAUUUUAAAGAAGCAAAGGAAACAGAAGAUAUAAAGGAAAUCAGAGAGGAAAUAUCACAAGAUUUAUCUAGUUCAAAUGGAAAAAUACGAAAGGCCCAUACUCCUAAACACAAUCUUUUUCCAAGGCGUGUUGAUAUGAAAAAAGUGACAAGUAAAAAUCCAGUUCUCAGCCAUGAUGAACUUUUUGCUCGUUUGAAUGAGUUAGAACAUGAGGAACUUAUUGCAGAAGAAUUAGAACAAAUAAAUGCUAUGAAUUUGUUGAGUGAAUCCAACGAAAACAGUGAAGAGCGACAUGUAAAAUUUAAAAAUCAUCCAGUCUGUGGUAAUGAACCAGUUUUUAACUCACCAGCGGAUAUAUAUGAUAAACAUAUGCACCAGGAUUUAGAUGAUAAACCAUUAAAAUCUAUACUUAAAAAAGACAGUCGAUCUAAUUCAAAUGAAAACUUAAGGUUAAAGCCAAUAUUAAAAUCCUCUCCUGAACAUAAUUCUUUAUUGGAUGAUGACUACAGAAUGCUAAAAACUCCACCAGAUAAUCAAUUAAAUGAGAUGACACCUGAGUUCACAGAUGAUCCAAAAUCAAUAUUAAAAUCGCAUGAAAGUUGUCAUAACCGCUCGAAGCAAUGUUCUGAUGUUAUUCAAGAUGAUGAAGAUCAAGUUGUUGAUGAAAAGCGCUCAAUAUUAAAAAAUUCAAAAGACUAUAUAAGACCAGUUACACCAGAUGAUGAGUUACACAAAGGUAUAUUAAAAUCUGAACCAAAAAAAGUUGUUAUUAAAAAUCCUGAGACCAUUCCGAUUGUAAAUGAAGUUGACCAUGUUGAAGUUGACCAUGUUGUAGACUCAAAUUAUAAAAAUACUACAAAAAAUCAAAUGCCAUUUUCUGGUACAGUACUAGAAAGGAAUAUACAUGACAAUCAAUCUGUAAAAAUUCAAGAGUAUUUAGGUAACAAUAAACCCGUUUCAAAGUUUAAAGCUUCACGGUUGAAGAAAUAAUUUUUUAUAGUCUUAAAGUUUCUUUUCUUUUUUUAAUUGUAAUUUUCUUAAAUUUUUGUUAAUGUAUUAUGUAAACAUUAGUCUUGUUUUUUUGCAAUUUUGUCAUUAUUACUCGAGUCUAUAAAUUAUAUCUUACAAAAAUAUUUAAAAUUUUAUACACAUUUUUCAAUAGAAUAAAUUUAGUUAGUUAAAA